CCUUCCGAUGUCUGCUGGUGGGUGCGCGAGGGGACCAGCCAGGGUCCUGCCCACCGUGAGGCCGCCUGGUGGAGCCCCGGCUGUGUCAGCACCUCUGCAUCAGGCGGCCGGACGGCGUCUGCCCAGGCUGGGACUUGUCAGCCUUCCUCAAAACACAGCUUUUCUCACGGAUCCAGUUUGCAUUUCCUUCCUAGCACAGACCACCUUCUAAUCAAAUUUGGAACCAUGUUCAAAUCCUGCCAGGGUGGUUUGUCUUCAGUUCCGGUUUGACCAGUUUGUUAAUAACAGUGCCGUGCUGGUAGGAUUCUCGUUCUGACCACUCUUGAACUUGUCUGUGUGUACAAUGGUUUGGUUCCUCUUCUGUGAUUGGUUUCCCUAGUUGUUGUUAGUUCUACUAUGUAACUGUUAGGUGUGUGUUGUAUAUGCAUACGUGUGUGGACUGCUUUCACUUGGCGAGUCAGUGUGAAAUGUCACAAAGGGCUGUUACCAUUGAUACAGAUUUGGCUUUUCAAAGACUUAAAAAUUGUUUGUGAUUCGGUAUACUUGUAAAUCUGUAGUGAAUUCAGAUGUUUGUGUAAUUUUAUGAUCACUUAUUUUGUUUCAGCGAAAAAUGAGUAUUUACAGAAGACUAGCCAUAGUGUCUGUCUUUAAAGUUCAGGAAAAGAUACAUAAAGUUUCAAGCGGAGCUUCCCAGUGUUUGGACCAGUGGUACAGACAGUGUGAAUGUAGAAAUGAGCUGGAUCCAGAUUUCAUCUGGAGGGCUGCAGAGGUCAUCUGGUUCAGUUCCUUCUUCCUGGUUAAUCACGAGGAAAAUGGGGUUCAGGGAGGUUAAGUGACUUGCCCAAUGCCACGCGACUAGUUACUGGCAGUGCUGAGGCUCCAGCGGCAGUUUCUUGCUGGAACUUGCUACUUUCUAAUUAGUGGUUAAAGAGACACAUGUUAAGUGUGUGUGUUUGAGCUUUACAUCGAGAGUAGGGAUUAAAAUUUAUUGAGCAUCUAUUUGCUGAGCACCUUUUAUUUCAUUUAAUUCUUACAUAGUCCUGUCACAUAAUUAUUAACAGCUUCACUUCACAGAUCAGGAAACCGGGUGCAUGAAGUUUCCUGACUUGCUCAAGUCAUGUAAUUAAUAUUAGAGGCGGCAUCUGAGCCCUGGGUCUUUCUGACCUGCUUUUUGCUGUGAUACCCUGUGCGGCUCUGGUGGCCGUAACCGAAACCUCUCAGGGGUGUGGGCAGUAGUGAUGGUUAUCUUAAAAAGAGGUCUUUUUCAGGCUUCUGAUUCAUUGUAAAAUACAUAGAUGUACAGAGGGAGUCUUCCCCUGUGUACGCACAGCACUUGGUGAAGACGUCGGGUAAUCUUCGCGCCACCUCUGUAGGUAAAUGGUGUGUCUGGGUGGGCAGCCAAGGCCCAGAUCCAGGACUUGCUCAAUCCCUGGUCACAGACCCACGUGACCCUGCUCGCAGUUCCGCCUCGUCCGGUCCCGCGUAGAUUUCACCACUUUUGCUUUUUCCUGUCUUACACCAAGAUUGUCUAAGUACUUCCCAAAAAUAAUGAGCCACGUGUGGGAGUGUUCAUUCUGCAGGAUGAGUCACUGUGAAAGGGGCCGCGAACCAAUGAAAAGAGAGUGAGUGUCUGGAGUCGGAGACCCCUGGCUCUCCUGCCUGCGAGCUGUGCUCUGACCUGAGCCGCCCUGUGUGUCCCGCUGUGCACACAGUAGCCCUCGUGGAGUCGUGGGCUUUCCCUGCUCGCUUCCCUAAAACAGGCCUGAUGCUGUUCUCUCCACCUGGCAUCCUGGUGCAUGUACGGAGAGGCGUGCACUCCACAGGGAACCCCCGUGGUGCUUGCAUGUCCCUGCCGACACGGGCGCAGACAUUGGCUUUCCAAGUAACAGGCAGGACUCCAGCGUGAGUAGAGGUUCGGAUGAGUAUUUGGAAGGUCACAGAAGUAAACUAGUUACCAGGAGGGUAAAGGAGGGAACAAAUAGUUAUUGAGGAGGUUCUUUAGUCUUUCUUGUGUCUGAAAGGGUUGGAAUUGCAGUUCAGGAGGAAUUUACCUUAAAAACUCCUUCCAUGGUUUGGGACCUGAAGAGUGCCUGCUUCAGACUUCCUGCCCUCAGAUGUAGCCCUCCCCAAACCCUCAGCAGGUAGCUGCAUGUUUUGGAAUUUCUCCCAGAAGAAAGGGAUUCGAUCAGACGCUGUGAAAAAAAGAUAACCACAGGCCACACAGUGGAGACCAGCACUGCCCGCUGGCCUGUCGGUGCCACCUCUCCUUUGUCUCCUCGCCUGGGGGCCACGCCACGUGGCUCGGCACCGCGCUGUGCCGCGUCCUUCCCAGAGGGCCCGAGAGGCAGGGUUGGACCCCGAGAUGGUUAGAAUCUGUCUUUGGAUUUGAAAAGCCAAGAGAUGCCUUCCAGUGUCUUGGAGGAAGAGACAAGGGUGGAUGGUUUGCAGCCUUAAGGGGACAGUGAUGACGGGCUAGUUUUUGUGGAACUGGUCAUACAGGUCUUCUCGAGGGGCUCUCAUUUGAACGUCUUCCACUUGGUAUCCAAAGAGUAUUCACUUACUGUCCAGUCCUGGGCCUGGGUGGUCCGUCCCACCUCUGUCUCCUGACGGGUGAGAGCUUCAUUCAGCUCUGUGAGCCUCAGCCUAAGCAUUGCAGUGGCUGAAGCUGCACUCCUGCCCCUCCCGAGAGGUCAGGGCUAGGUUAGGCUCAUGGGAGACAGCGUUGAGGAGAACCAACUGCUGCCGUCUGUGCUAUUCUUGUGAGAUGGAUAAAUAAAGGAUUUCAGACUCCUGGGCUGCUGACCUGGCUUUCAGAGGCACCAAGUUCAUUUACAGUAAUUUCCUGUCAAUAGUCUACACUUCUGUGUACCACACACCCUGCAAAACUCACUAAUCCUGGAGAUGAUCACAUACACUGCCUGUUUGAAAAGGGAAUGUGCGUAUACAUAUACAAAAAAUACUUUUAAAGUGAUACCCACAGACCUUUCAGAAUGGGUUAAACUUAUUGAGCCCUUUUUAUGCAUUAGCUCAUUUAAUCCUCACAAUAACUUCAUGAGGUAGUGGCUAAUAUUAUCCUCUUUGGAGGGAACUGUUUUUGCCCCUCAUGAGAGGGGCACCUGCCAUGGACUAAAAGAAGAGGAUGCUGGAUCAUCAUGGGAAACUUUCAAAGGAAGCGACAUCUCUGUUGUGUACCUGCACCAGCUGCCUGCAGGCCAACUACACGUGCGAGACCGAUGGGGCCUGCAUGGUGUCCAUCUUCAACCUGGACGGCAUGGAGCACCACGUGCGCACCUGCAUCCCCAAGGUGGAGCUGGUCCCCGCUGGGAAGCCCUUCUACUGCCUGAGCUCCGAGGACCUACGCAACACCCACUGCUGCUACACCGACUUCUGCAACAAGAUCGACCUGAGAGUUCCCAGUGGUCACCUCAAGGAGCCUGAGCACCCUUCCAUGUGGGGCCCCGUGGAGCUGGUCGGCAUUAUUGCUGGCCCUGUGUUCCUGCUGUUUCUCAUCAUCAUCAUCGUUUUCCUGGUCAUUAACUAUCAUCAGCGUGUUUAUCACAACCGCCAGAGGCUGGACAUGGAAGAUCCCUCCUGUGAGAUGUGCCUCUCCAAAGACAAGACGCUCCAGGAUCUUGUCUACGAUCUUUCUACGUCGGGGUCUGGCUCAGGGUUACCCCUUUUUGUCCAGCGCACAGUGGCUCGAACCAUCGUUUUACAGGAGAUUAUCGGCAAGGGCCGGUUUGGAGAGGUGUGGCGUGGCCGCUGGAGGGGCGGCGAUGUGGCUGUGAAGAUUUUCUCUUCUCGUGAGGAGCGGUCCUGGUUCCGGGAAGCAGAGAUAUACCAGACGGUCAUGCUGCGCCAUGAGAACAUCCUUGGGUUUAUUGCUGCCGACAACAAAGAUAACGGCACCUGGACACAGCUGUGGCUCGUCUCGGACUAUCACGAACACGGCUCCCUGUUCGAUUAUCUUAACCGGUACACAGUGACGAUCGAGGGGAUGAUUAAGCUGGCCUUGUCUGCUGCCAGCGGGCUGGCCCACCUGCACAUGGAGAUCGUGGGCACCCAAGGGAAGCCUGGAAUUGCUCAUCGAGACUUGAAGUCAAAGAACAUCCUAGUGAAGAAAAAUGGCAUGUGUGCCAUCGCAGACCUGGGCCUUGCCGUCCGACACGACGCAGUCACCGACACCAUUGACAUUGCCCCCAACCAGAGGGUGGGCACCAAACGAUACAUGGCCCCUGAAGUACUUGAUGAAACCAUUAAUAUGAAGCACUUUGACUCCUUUAAAUGUGCUGAUAUCUAUGCCCUUGGGCUGGUAUAUUGGGAGAUUGCUCGAAGAUGCAAUUCUGGAGGAGUCCACGAAGAAUAUCAGCUGCCAUAUUACGACUUAGUGCCCUCUGACCCUUCCAUUGAGGAAAUGCGAAAGGUCGUAUGUGACCAGAAGCUGCGUCCCAACAUCCCCAACUGGUGGCAGAGUUACGAGGCAUUACGAGUGAUGGGGAAGAUGAUGCGAGAGUGCUGGUACGCCAACGGCGCGGCCCGCCUGACUGCUCUGCGCAUUAAGAAGACCCUCUCCCAGCUCAGCGUGCAGGAAGAUGUGAAGAUCUAGCCCUGCUUUCCUCCCCCUACUUGCAACCCUGGGCAGCGAGGACUACACAGAGCUGCCGUGUGAGCGUACGAUGGAGGCCUACCUCUCGUUUCUGCCCAGCCCUCUGUGGCCAGAAGCUCUGGUCCGAAAGAGGGACAGAGCCCAGGAGACCCACUCACUCCCACUCUGGGUUUGAGACACAGACACCUUUUAUACUUACCUCCUAGUGGCAUGGAGACUCAGAGAGCGGAAGGCGUGGAGAACUCGGUGCCACAAUCAAACUGGUUGGAGUGGGAAGCCCCGCCAAACCCGGUGCGCCUGGUGUGGAGCCAGGAGUGGUGACGGGUGGCCCGGGAGGGCCCAGGUGAAGCUGAGUGUUGCCGGUGCUGAGCAGCACUGACAGUUUCCCGCCCGGGGUGACCCCAGCACACCGAGGUGGCCCAGAGGAGCCAGAAGCGCAGCCCCGUGGCAGGCAGCUCCAGGCCCGCGCUCCACCCUCGUGCGGACAUCUGGAGGGACUGCCAGUGGAGACGGAACCUGCCGCCUGUUUGUCCAGCCGUGUGUGCAUGUGCCGAGGUGCGUCCCCUGUUGUGCCUGGUCUGUGCCAUGCCCUUACACGUGUGUGUGUGUAUGUGUGUGUGUGUGUCUGUAGGUGUGUACUCCCCUGCUUGAGCUUCUGUGCAUGUGCAGGUCUGGUUGUUUGUCAUGCCGUCUCUGUGUGCUGGUGCCUCUGUUCAGUAGUGAGCAGCGAAUCGUUUCCUGGUGCCCUUCCCAGGGGUCCCCCUCCCCGCCCUCGCCCCAGAACUCUGAGCCACGGUGGCCCUCCUCCCAGCCUGUGUCAGCCCCACUCUCCUCCUCCAUUUCAGACUGGAACCAAAGCUGGCCCAGUUGUCCAUGGCAGGCGAGGCUUUUGGGUCCAAGUGUGAGGGAGGGACGGGGUGGGCAGGGAAAGCAUCUUGGCGUGAGUCCCGGGGGUUGUGGUCAGCUGCCGCAGUGGGAAAUGAGCCAGCCCAGGGCAUCGUCCUCUGCAGCAUCAAGGAAGGGCCAAGGAGUUCGAAGCCCAGAUCUGGGGACUCAGACUGGAAUGUCACAUCUGUCUUUCGUGUCCCAGAUUCUGGAAAUGGCCGUGUAUAUUUUUGGUGGUGGUGGGUUUAGGGUGGGGAAGG